UCCGGGAUCACGGCCUCCGCCUGCCCCUGGCUAUCCCGACCCUGAGCGGCUUCCUCGUUAUUUCUGUCUGGAUUAAUAAAGCGGUCGAGGGCCGUAUAAUCUUUGGGUUAUUCCUUCUUUUGUGCACCAUAGAUUUUUCUCUCGAAUCAACUGAGGAAGGACAAUGGGAGUUCAAGGACUUUGGAAGCUGCUUGAGUGCGCCGGGAGACCCAUAAACCCAGAAACACUGGAAGGGAAAAUUCUUGCUGUUGAUAUCAGUAUUUGGUUGAACCAAGCAAUAAAGGGAGCCAGAGAUCGUGGUGGUAUUCCUGUACGGAAUGCUCACCUGCUCACUCUGUUUCAUCGACUCUGCAAGUUACUGUUUUUCCGGAUUCGCCCCAUCUUUGUUUUUGAUGGAGAGGCACCUCUUCUGAAGAGACAAACCUUAGCUAAGCGAAGACAAAGAAAGGAAAAUGCCAUCAAUGACUCCAGGAAAACUGCAGAGAAACUCUUGAAAACACUUUUGAAGAGACAUGUUAUCAAAACUGCUCUUACAGGCAAAAGAAAUGAAGCUUUGCCCAGUAUUACACAAGUUCGAAGAGAAGGAAUUGAUGAUAUGUAUGCAUUGCCUGCUUUAGAGGAUGAAGAGAAGAAUAGCUCAGAGGAGGAGGAAGAAAAAGAAUGGCAAAUGAGAAUGAGCCAAAAAAAGAUGUUGCAAGAACAGUUAUGUGAAAAUCCUUAUUCUGUAGAUAUUGAAUCAGAAGAUUUCCACAAACUGCCUCCAGAAAUAAAACAUGAGAUCUUGACUGAUAUUAAAGAACUUACAAAGCGAAGAAGAACGUUAUUUGAAGCAAUGCCAGAGGACUCCAAUGACUUUUCCCAGUACCAACUUAGGGGUUUGCUUAAAAAAAGCAACCUCAAUCGGUGCAUAGAAAAUGUACAAAAAGAAAUGAAUCAACAGCACUCGGGUGAAAUCCAAACACAAUAUGAAAAUGAAGGUGGUUUUGUGAAAGAAGUGGAAUCAAGGAGGGUGGUCUCUGAAGAGACUUCUCACUAUAUUCUGAUAAAGGGUAUUCAAGCAAGAGAAGCUAUGAGUAGAGACUUGGAAACUACUGCAGGACCCUCAUCAAAAAUGCAUGAAUUGACUAAAUUAAAUAAAAUCAAUGAACCUCCUGCUAAUGCAAAGCUGUCUGCAUCUGACAAGAUGCAGACAGAGGAAGAUGUCAAGGCUGUGGCAGCACCCCCCUCUCCUCGUACUUUGCUUGCUAUCCAGGCAGCCAUGGUGGAAAGCAGCUCAGAAGAAGAACUGGAUGCAGGACGAUUGAACGUGGACCAGUUUGUGCCAGAGGAAGGCAGUGUGUCUCCAAGAACACUGUGGGCAAUUCAGCAAGCUCUGAGUGAAGAUGAUAAAGGGGAAGAAGUUGUUGCUGCUACGACCGAUGGGGUGCUAUCAGGAAGAACAGAAGGGAAGGAUUUUCUGCCUACUAGCUCAGAUGAGGAGAAGAUUCCUGAAGUUAAAGAGGAAAAAAACAUUCCUACAGCUACAAUUCAUUCAUCAAUCCAAGUGACUGUGCAAGAUGCUAAAUUUAAACAAAGGAGUCGGGAGUUAGAAAAAAGUCAUAUUACACCCAAUGACACUGGUAUAUUCAGAGAUAAAAAUUAUUCUGCUAUUGAAAAUACUAGAAAAGACAAAGAAGAUUUAGACAAAGAAAGAAAUGGUUCCAAAAUGAACUCGGAGUCUCUGGGAGAUAAGGAUAUGAAUUCGUGUUUGCAGAAGCCAAGCUGUUACCCUGUGCAAACUAGUAUAGAUGCUUUGAUUCAUGCUGAAACAACAGACCUUUGCAAAAAUGAGGAAAACUUGAACAUUUCUGAAAAUACACAGGAAGUAAUUUUGCAAUCAGAGGAGAAUGUAUCUGACGAUAUUAGAUUUUUUCCAGAAACAAGAGAUCCUGAGGAGAAAAGAGAAAGGAUAUCGCAGUCUGAAGACAGUGAUUCUGAUGGAAGCUUUAUUGAAGUGGAUGCUGAGGUCAGUAAUGAGGCUGAGUUUCCUACUAAAUAUGAUGAAAAAAUGGGUGAUGAACUGACACUUCCAGAAGUGGAGACAGACCGACCUGAAGUUCUCACACUGGCCUUGCUGAAGGAGUCUGAUGAGGUGCAGUUGGGAAACACUCAGAAUGUUGCAAGAGAAGCUGAUAGUAAAGAUGCAGUGGAUGAGUGGCAAGACAUCAGUUUGGAAGAACUAGAAGAAUUGGAAAAGAACCUUUCUACUGAGCAGAAUACGCUUCAGUCUCAAAAACAGCAGCAGGAACGUGUUGCUGCUUCUGUAACAGGACAGAUGUUCUUGGAAAGCCAGGAACUCCUCCGUCUGUUUGGCAUUCCGUAUAUCGAAGCUCCGAUGGAGGCAGAGGCACAGUGUGCUGUAUUGGACCUCACUGAUCAGACCUCUGGGACAAUCACCGAUGACAGUGAUGUUUGGUUGUUUGGUGCACGACAUGUUUAUAAAAAUUUCUUCAGUCAGAACAAAUACGUAGAAUAUUACCAGUAUGUUGACUUUCAGAACCAGCUAGGGUUGGAUAGAAGCAAGCUAAUUAAUCUGGCAUACUUGCUUGGAAGUGACUACACUGAGGGCAUCCCAAAUGUUGGCUUUGUAACAGCGAUGGAGAUUUUAAAUGAAUUUCCUGGGCAUGGCUUGGAGCCUCUCUUAAAAUUCGCUGAGUGGUGGAAUGAGGCUCAGAAGAAUAAGAAAGUGAAACCUAAUCCACAUGACACCAAAGUCAAGAAGAAACUGCGGGAGCUACAGCUUUAUUCAGGUUUCCCAAAUCCAGCAGUGGCAGAAGCAUACCUGAAGCCUGUGGUGGAUGAGUCAAGGGGUUCAUUCACCUGGGGGAAGCCUGAUGUAGAGCAGAUCAGGGAAUUCUGCAAGGAUCACUUUGGCUGGACUAUGACAAAGAUAGAUGGAAUCCUUUUGCCUGUGAUGAAACAACUGAACUUGCAGCAGACUCAGCUUCGAAUUGAUUCAUUCUUCAGACUAGAACAGCAUGAAAAACAAGCUAUUAAAAGUCAGAGACUGCGCAGAGCUGUGACUUGUCUGAAGAGAAAGGAAAAGGAAGCAGAUGAUGUAAUCCAGGAGGCCACUGCUGUCAUGGAGAUAGAGCUUAAACAGCCUGGGAAAAGGAAAGGGAAAGGUACCACAGGCACUGCAAAUCAAGCUGCAGCAACAAAAGCACAGAGUGGAAAGAGAAGAAAACAUUCAGGUUCCAGAAAAGAAUUUUCAUAUGGAGGUGGUUUUGUUGGGAAUUUGCAUCUUUCAGAAACUUCUAGUGACUCCUCAGUGGAGGAAUCUGAAGGCAGAGAUUUAAGCAAGAGCAAAAGGAAGAAAAACGUGUCUGCAACAGAGGCAGCAGACCAUAAGGAGAAAAAAGGGCAUAGUAGCUCGAGUGGUGAGGAUGAAGACCUGGGAAAUAUAGUCAUGGUGACUGCCAAACCUGUGUUUGAAGGCAGAAAAAAGAAGUCAUGGAGCAAGAGAGGAACAAGAAAGAAAAUGUCUUGAAAAAAAAAUAAAAUUAAAAAAGACUGAUUUUUCUGACUUGAGCUUUGUAAAUAUUCUAAUGAAUUCUUUAUAAAAUAUAAUAAAUUAUCUCUAU